GCUGUGAGAGGGGGAACAACAGUUGUGUCAGGAUGGCUGAGGUACUGACAGUAGUGGCUGAAGAAAUGGGGAGAGUGUUUGGCAUGGUGUGGAGUGGAGUCGGAGUUGCAAUUCGUCUGAACAACCAAGUCAUGACAACAGUUCUUAAGGCAUCCACUCGUAUUGUGCAGCUCCUUUUGCUCCUCACACACAAGGCUGCUGAUUUGUUUUCUGUACUAGCAACUGACCUCCUGCUCUUCUUUGGAGAUAUAGGAAAUGCUGUACUUUCUGUGGAAACUGCAGUACGUGCUGUAGUAGUAACUCUUUUUAACUUUGUGAGCGGUAUUUUCUUUGGCAUGGCAGAUGCAGCUGUAUACUCAUGUCAGCUUGUCCAAGCUUCAUAUUGUAUCAUUACUUCUGGUGUGGUAUCUGCACUUAUACAUCUCGGUAAGGUCCUUAUAGUGCUGAAACAUGCUUUCAUCUUGUUUGGCUCUUCAGUAGUGUUCCUAAUAGGCUUUAUUCCCAAUGUGAUAUAUCUUGUAUUCACAGGCUUGAUUUAUCUUUUUUCAUAUGCUUAUCUUAACUGCAGCCAGGCAGUGAACAGUACCUGGUUGUCGCUACAGUAUGUUGCACGUGUGUGUAAUUCUGGUAUAAUCACUUUCAUUCAUGAUAUACCACUUGAGGCAGUUAUAGGUGUGGUGAUGGGUUUGGCUGUAAUUAUUGUCUUAAAAUAUGCUCUCUUUUACAUGAUGGAAAACAUGAUUUUAGUCCCAGACAUUCCAUUACCUACUAUGUUUGUAGUAGCGAGACAGAGAUUUAUUCGCUGGUAUGUGUCAGUAGUGCGCCGAGCUCAUGAGAGGCCACCAAUAGAGAUAGAUACAGACGAGGAAGAGCUGGAUGAUACAAAUGAUGAGAAUGGUAAUGACAACAAUGAUAAUGUACCUGAUCUGAAUCUACCUCAGAACCAGUUCUUUGCUUAUCAAAUAAAUGUGGCUAAUCCAGUUCCCAAUCAGGUACACGAACCUGAUAACUACCCUUUAUUAAAUGAUGCAGCAGAGCCCCAAAAUCCAGCACCAGUGCCACUUUUGCCAGCUGGCCUUACAAGACGGCCACUCACUCGGCAACGUAUGCAUGAACAAUCUCAAGAAAACACUUCAUUUGCACCUGAAAAUAGUUUUACCAAAAGUAAAAAUCGAGAGGAAUCCACUAGCAGGGUAGAUGGACAAGCUUAUCAGCUUUAUCGGGAAUUAGAACAAGAACGCGAAGAUCGUUUAUGUGUUGUGUGCCAAGAUCAAGUUAAGUGUGUCAUAUUACUGCCUUGUCGUCACUUGUGUCUGUGUGAUGCCUGUCGCUCAGCUAUCAUCACCCGAGACAACACUUGCCCAGUCUGUCGUAGGCCUAUCAUACAGACACUCAGGGUUUAUGUAUGAUUGGUGGCAUUCAAUAUAUUUUUUCUAUUAUUGAAAAAUAAGAAUUUCUUUUUUAAUAAUAUUGAAUUGAGAAGCCAUUAUUCUUUUCCAUGAAAGAUACGCUCUCUUUAGGGGAGUCUAGCAGUCAUGAGAGAGCAUUAUGUAGUGUUUGCACUUUUUUCUAUAUAUAUCUCACUCUCUCUGCAUUACUUUGGUAAAUAAAAAAAAAAUAGUCAUAAACUGAAAAUUUGGAAUUUGAUACUUUAGAGAAUCAAGAAAUUAAUUUUGAUACUAGGACUUUUAUAUGGUCAUUGAUGUGUAAUAUAAUGUUUUGUCAUUGUUAUUAUUAAUUUAAAAUUUCCCUUAGAUUUCCCCAGUUGAUUAGACAGAAGGAUCAUGGGUUAAAAAUGCCUUCUGCCUUAAUCCAUCUGAAUUUUAUAAAGUUUACGACACAGCCAGAAAAGACAUUACCUGGUUUACUAACUAAAGUAUCAUGUCACUGCAUCUGUUAAGUUUUGAGAAUUAGAAGUGAUGUGUGAAAUACAGCGUUUGGAAAUCUUUUUUACUAUCUUGAUUGUCAAUGAAGUUUUUGUAAGAUAUUUAAUAGAACAUGUGCUUAUUAUAAUACAGUUUAGUGUUAAUAAACCAUUAUAAAAUGAAAGACUUUAAGGUUUCAAGAAAAUAAAUAAACAUUUUAAAGAAGUUAUUUAAAAUGAUGAGGAUUUAGUAUGGGAUUUUGCACCACCUAAUUAAAUAAUUACAUGGUGUACAUUAUACAUGCACACCCACAACAGGUAUGAUAGCACUGGAAAACAUAACCUGCAGUACUUACAUAGGUGUUUCUGAUAAAAUGUUUCUAGUUUUGUUCUGAUAGAUUGGCUCUUAAGUAAAAUUUAACUUAUAUUGCUUUGCCUAAACAAAAUAAAUGUUAUAAGUGAUAACAGGUUUGAACUAAUUUAUAAUCUUUGCCUUCAUUUAAUUAUUUUUAUUAUGAAGAAAAGACUGAUGCAGAGUAAGUUUUCAUGAUAAAAUUUUGGUCCAUGUAGAGCUUUAUUAAGUCAGUGACUUUACAAAGAGCUAAACAUUUGUGACAGUAAAAUGUUUGUACUGCAGGUGUCUCUCUUCUUGAUUACUGGUGGUAGUGUGCUGCUGUAUCCUGAUUUUUAUGGGAUGAUAAUUAAAGUAGAUUGCUUCUGUUACUCAUAGUAUUUAUAAUUUUCAGUGCACAAUAAUGUUCACUGAGGAAAGUUGCUAUUUUUUUUAAUUUGUAAUUAUAAUUUUAGUUUUCUCAUAUAUGAUUGUAUCAAAGUCUUCUUAUGAACAUAAAUUUUUUCCUUGGUCAUUUGAAAACUUGUUCAUGUCAUGUUUCUAGAGAUGAUUGGGUAUUACAAUUCAAAAUACAUACUGUAUCAGUGGUCAACACACUUAACCAAAACAUUAUAAUUUAAGUGGCCUGCUUUAUACUUUUGUAUUAAUUUAAAAGAUGUACGUAUUAACAGAAAUGGUGAUAAUUUACUGUCUUUCAUAAAAGUAUCUGAAUUACAAAUCUUUCUUGAUGAAUUGUGUUUCUCAGUACUAAUUUACAUUGCUUAAACAUAAGAAUGGUAUACUGCUUUAUAAACUGUGUAAGUGAUGGGGUAUGUAAAAAAAAAAAAAAGUCACACUACUGUGAUGGGAAGAAUUCUUAACCAACCAACAAUUUAGAGAGGAACCUUCAGACAUUAA